AUGGACCCAAAGUCUUUCUAUUCCAAGAAAAUUAUUCAUCACAAAUUUCUCCGUGAUGCCGUUCUAGAAAGCCUUGCAGAUGAAAAUAUCAAGACAGCAGAUAUUGUUAUUACAGGCAUUCCAGAGGGUGGAAUCGGAAGUGAUGAAGAAGAUGUAAAUGAUGAUCUUCUUGAGCCUUCUGGUAUUCCAGAUGAUAUAGCUGCUGAAGUAGAUACUAUGAUUCCUGUAGACGAUGAUGAAGAAACGGAAGACAUAGAAGAAACUGAAAGAAGGGAUAAACCCUGCUGGAUGAAGAAAAACAUUGAAAGGAAAGAGAUGGAAUCGGAACGUGGAAAAGAGCGUGAAUAUGCUUCCAAGAAACUCUCAGAAUUUUCCAGCGCUAUCUUCUUCAAAUGAAUGGGAUAUUUUCAUAAAGGUCUUUGAAGGUCUUAUUGAACUCCUUGUGCAUGAAACUAUAAAAAAAAACUGUUUUUUUUCCA